AUGACAAAAGAUAACGCCUCGAGCACCGUGCGUGUAUGUCUGACGCGCUGUCCUUUGCCAGCAAUAAAGCAGCAAGUGCACUCAUUGCCAUGUCGCAUUCACUAUGAUGGAUUAGCUCCUGUGCACACUUAUUUUCAACCACAGCUCAUUGAUGGAAACAGUAACAGCACAGACCACGGUGGAUCGACUUUGGAAGAGCAAGACGUUAAGGUCGAGCUGGAUGGCAAGGACAAUGACAACAAUAUGCUGCAUGCAGAGUUUCGUGGCAUUCAAUUGCAGGGCGAGAAGAUGUCAUUGACACCAAUGGGUUUUACGGGUCUUGUCUUGGAAGACAAUGGAAUACGACACGAGGAGGAUGAAGGUCGUAUUUGGGAGAUUGAUGAUCACUUUGAUGAGCUCAUUUGGUGGGACGUUCCAAACCAUAUGACGAGCGAGAUGCAUCAGCUACCAUUGGUACUGCAGCAAUGGCACGAUCUUUCAUCGGCAAUUCACACGAUAUAG